AAAAUUGUUCGUUGGGGACGAGUUUGUUGUUUGUGUUUACAUUCGACUGGAAUGCGCCCCCAGCUGGGGGGCUGAUCGUGUAAAGCAAGAUCGUCUAAUUAUUAGGUGACUCACAGUAGGCUGAGCAACACGAACAAAAUGGCUAGUGAACCUCUGUGCGGUGGUGUAUCGGAAGAUCUGGAUAUCCACAAGAAAGAGCACGCAGAACGCAUCCAGACAGCACUUGCCACAGUAUCGGACCGUGUUGGCAAAGCGUACAAAUUGCAUCGUGUGGAAAAGCAGGUAGUUGCGGGAAUGAUGUACACCUACUACAUUUCGUUCGACGAUGAUGAAUCUGGCCAGAAGCAUAAGAUCACCGUAUGGGAACGACCUUGGCUGAAGGAAAAAAAUCCGGAAGAGGCACUACGUGUUACGUUCGAAGUGCACAAAGAAUGAUCACUCAUUUGAUCGGUGAUCGUAUGAAGGUUAUCUCAUUGUGCUGCGCGAUUUGUGAUUUUUUGUAUUAGUUAAGUUGUAACUUGUUGUACGUUGUUGUACUUGUUGUUGUGUUUUAUCUUGUUACAUGUAUGGGAUGGCAAAAGGGAAAUGAAACGAAUAUCUCCGAGCAAAUUUAUAUCUGCAAAUAAAAGAGAACGAAUUGUUAUAGCUA